CUUUUGUGUAUUGAUGUUAUUAUUGCGAUUUGUGUUUGAGAUCAUGUGCAAAGGCUGACUUUACUACGUAUACAGAACCCUGAAGAGAAGCUCGAGCAGCUCCGCCGGUCUUCGCUGGUUGAGUUUGAACAUUUGAAAAAUGAUGAACAUCCGAACCCACCGCUGCGAACGCUGCCAGAAGAUUCUGCAGUGAUCGACGACUCGGCCGACUCCCCGGCCGCCUCUAAGAGUGUACCAGAGCCCUCUUCUGGAGAGACUGGAGUCUUUAAGCCAGGCUUCACCAUGUCAGACUUCGGCACAGAGUUUGGCAGACAGGAGAAGAACGAGCCCACUUCACCCUCGCAAGCACGCGUUACAGAGCGGGAUUCUGCCCCGAAAGAACCCGAGCAGGAGUUCCUCAAGCUGAAUGUCGCUGAGAACAAACCAGCUGUUGAGGACAGCGAAGGUGCCGCCAAGCCAAGUACUCACGAACCAGCCGUAGCUCAACCGAGCGAUGUAGUCGAGAAAGAUGUCACUGAUCAGAGUCCUCAUGCUGGAAACGUCCCUGAAACGGGAAGUUCUUACAAGGAUGUUGCUAAGAAAGAUAUCCCCGAGCAGGACCUUGGGUUGAAGAAAGACGUUACCGAAGAAGAUUCUCCCUCGAAGAAGGAUGUCGCUGAACCAAAAGCUGUCGCAGUCGAGGACGACGUCAAGAAAGACGUUGUUGAAGACGUUGUCGCGGAGAAGGUUGCUGCCAAGCAGGAUCCUGUCGCCAAUGAUGACGUUGUUUCGAAAGAUGCUUCGGGUCCAUUUAUUCCUCUGCAGGAGGAUGCUCGACCAGAAUCCGCUUCCAAAGAGGUCGCUGGUUCAUCCCACCCUAAACCACAGAGCAGCACCGAUUCAUCUUCUUCUGCGAAACCAGACAUCACCCGUGAGGAGCCCGCUCCAUCCCCGCACGAUGACGUUGUUGGAGAACGGGCCGUUGAAUCGUCCCCAUCACACAACGACGCUGCGCCCAUUCCCUCCUCAACUAAGGAUGUUGACGGGUCACUGUCAUCUACACCACAGGGAUCCACAGAGCAGAAGCCUGCUGAAAAGGAGAUCGAUAACAGGAAGGUUGUCAAGGAGGUGCUCCCUUUCCCUCCACAACAGGCGUCAACGCCGCAGAAUGUGGAUGAGCAGUCUCCGUCUACCAAACAGGUGUCAACUCCACAAGAUGUUUCUGGGCAGCCUUCGAAGGAAGAGAAAUCGCCGGUAUCAAACACCACCAGCCAACCAGACCAACCAGCUGGACUGAUUUCCUCCAUCACCAGCUUACUUCCCAGCUUGACCGCACAAGAACCAUCAGCAACGCAGCAACCUACUACGACAGAAAGAUCCACGUCUGAACCCGAAGAAGACAACACAUUGUCCUCGUUCAUCAAAGCCGGACAGAACCUCAUCGGAAUAGGUGCGGGUACGCCACCACAAACCUCGUCUAGUGUUUCUCCUACCGUUCCUCAAAGUACGAGCUCGCAAAAUCCCUCUUCUGAGGGUUCCACCCUCACAGGAUUGUUACAGGCUGGAAAAGACCUUGUCGGGCUUGGUACAGACAAGCCCACACAUGAACCCUCUGGUGGGCUCCCCUCCACUUCUGACAAGUCAAUCGCGUAUGUACCAACUUCAACGCAGGGCUCCACGAUCGCGAGACCCAGCAUGAAUGAUGAAAUUCCUGCUAUACACGAUGCAGGAAAGCACGUCCCCUCUGUACAGCAGGGUCUUCCUGAUGCACUUGGUUUGUUUAGUGCUUCUACACCGCAGCAGUCUUCUCUUACUAGCGUUUCUCAUCCGUCCAUUUUGCAAGAACUCGCAUCAGUCAAUCGUGACUCCAAGUUUCCUGAUACGGCCAGAGCUGGUGAACACUCACCAAGGAUUGGGUCUUACGGCUCAUCUUCGCGAGACUCUUCGAGUCGUCCGUAUGGAGGGCCAGUAACGUCGGAUCGGUCGCGUCAUGGGUCUGUCGCAGACGGACCAACGUCGUAUCAUGACACGUCCAAACCCCUAACGGAGCGCCUCUACCAUCCGUCAGGCUCACACUCCUCGUCCCGGCCGUCAUCUCUCUAUGAAUCGGCAGUUCCAUCUGGGGAGUCAUAUACCGCCCAAUUAGAGCGUCUCUACAAUGCGUCAGGCGGCUCACGUCGGUCAUCUCUCUAUGAACCCGCCUCAUAUUCUCCAAAUCUGGCGUCGAGUUCAGAGCUGCCUUCGCUCGCCACAGCUCGCACGUCUAGUUCACGACCGUCAUCUCUAUACGAGUCAUCGUCCUCGUCAACACAUAAACCGUUUUCUACUCUCAACCCACAGUAUUCGCCGACGCUAGGAAAAUCGUUGCACGAACAGUCGGCAAUGCAUCACUCACUACCAUCGCGCCAGUCACCUUCGUCUGUUGCAGACCGGGGUUCCGUUUCUGGAUUGAGUUACUCUGGCCACAGCCCUGCUAGUUAUAGCACAAGUGGGCUCUCAGCCACCCCGUACUCUCCUUCUCUGGCGGAGGGCUCGUAUACCCAGCAAAUCUUAGCGGGCCAGACGAACUUGCACAUACCAGGAUUUGAAGAAAGUGCGUUCAAGGUGCCGGACACGGAUCACGUCGAACAAAGCAUCGAGGGUGGAGAAGUCAAGUUUUCGGGCAUUGCGCAAGACGAAAGGGGACGAAAGAGAUGAUUAAUAGUGUAUGAUACAGGAUGGAUGCCUCUGGUGCCUUUUUCGGCCUCGGAUGGAGAUGUGUAAAGUGUACUGAGGGCAUGCAGACUAUACUGCUGGCUAAGGCGACGACGUUUGGGGAGAACGAGUAUGGUGGACUUUUG